AUGCUCCUGGCGAUGUCGAGCGUGACGGACGACGUAGGCGUGGAGCAGGAGCUGCCGCGGUGGGCGUGGGUGGAGUCAUCGUUCCCCGCCGCUGCUGUUGGUGCUGCCGCUCGGUUUCGAUCGCCUACGCACCACCGCGAUGGCCACCACCGUUCGCACCGGCGGCUGGCUGUGCUAGGAAUUCCAUCCACCGAUCAGCCGGCCCGGCUCGCCCUGCGGGAGGCACAGCGGGCGACGUGGCUCACCUACACCGGCGUUGCCCGCGCGUCGAACCACUUCGACGGUGCUGUCCUGCCGCUGUAUAUCUUCGCCGCUUCCGAUGACGCGUCUCGCCCGUCGUCUUCGGCCGCUUUCUUUCCUCGGCCACCACCGUCACCGGCACCACCGCUACCGGCGGCGGGAGAUGCACAAGGGCCACCCGCAGGUGCAAGGGAGCUGGUCCACCCCAUCGCAGAACAUCGCCAGCCCGGCAGCAACGACACGAACAAUCCGCAUCGAAAUCGCGGUAGUAACAGACAUACAGACGCGGAUGCGGUGGAUGCGGAAGGCGCGGCGAAGCCGACGCCGAUGACGGCGGCGCUGCUUCCAACAGAGACAGAGCUGCGCUGUGCGUCGCGGUUCUACCGCAUUGGUGGCGAUGCGACUCUUGCUCCUCCUCCAGCCUCGCAAUCACCGCCACAACAACCGCAGCAACCACAGCGGAAGCCGCUAUCCUACCCACGAAGAGUCUUCGAGCUGACAUCGGGUGCUCGACGGACGAUCUUGGUUCGCUCUUCAAAUCAGGACGUUGCUGCCGCAUGUGGGGCGAGGCGUCAGGUGGAACCGAAAGUACCCCCCACCUCCGUCGACACAACGGCCGUGCUGAACAUUGAAGGGAACUCAAAGGAUGACGCAAGACUGCACGACGGCGUCUGUGGCGGUGUGAGACAAAUCCUUGUCUCCGGCCUGACUUCGCCGGCCAUCCCCACAGCCGCUACCCACCCUUCCGUGAAGGGGACACCGCCAGCGCCUCAUCAUUUUUCCCCCCUAGCGUCGCUGGGACAGCAACUGCGGCUGCCUGUCACCCCGGCAUUUGUAGCACCUGCGGAGUUUGUCUGCUACGCCUCCGCUAGUCUCUGGCAGGAGGCGCUGGAGCACCGCAAUGUGCUCUGGAUCGACAUGAUGACGGACCGCCGCCCCACUACGAAUAAAACCCUCGGCGGUACAGGCGAUUGGGGCUUACCAACAGAGAUCGGCAUGACCCAGAAGUCGGUGCUGUGGUUCUACUACGCCUACCACGCGUUCCCCGAUGUGCCGUACAUCAUGAAGGGCGACGACGACACGUACCUGAAGGUGCCGCAGUUCAUGAGCGACUGGCACAUGCUCCGUACGGGGCACCGCGAGCCGGCGCUGGAGGCGCGGGCGUCACCGCCGUUUCACACCUCCCCCAGUCGCUCCUUCAUCGUGAACACGCUAGCAAACCUCACACGGACCCCGCUGGGGGGCGCCGUUACGUACGGCAUCGCCGAGCCCAGUCUGGAGGAGGAGGAGUGCCUGUACUGGGGCGCCACGCGCGUCUUCCUCGACCGCAUCGCCUUCAAUCCAGGCCCCUUGUACGCGUUGCAGCGACGGCUUGUCCAGACCGCCCUGGAAACCCUACCAGACCGUGAUCCGAAUCGAGAUGUGCUGCGUCUGGCGGCGGAGGACUACGACCCAGCUCGGCUGCCGUGGUACGCCUACAACGUGAUGCAGAACGAGGACGCCGCCUUUGGCAAGUUAAUGAAAGAGCGGGGCGAGCGGGCGCGUCAGGUAUGUCCGCGACGGCGGUGGUGGACCGUGCGCGAGGUCUCCCCUCGCUUCCACGAUGUCCACCGUGGCAAGACGGAGACCGUGACGUGGGCGACGAUGGCGGUGCAUCGAUGCACACCGGCGGACUAUUACUUCCUACACUACUACUUCGCGACGGAGUACCUGGCAGCUCUCCGCAGCCCUACCGACACCACCCCGGAGAACGCGCAGGAGGUGGAGGCGGCGCGGUGGGCGAAGGCGCACCUGCGAGGGCGCGUCCGUGGGUGGGACAGCCUCCCAAACGUGUCCUGGUGCUACAACCCGUCUACGGAUCCGAGCUUCAUUGUAUCUGACGAAGACGGUGUGGCGCUGUACGACAUCCCGUACGAGGCGUGGGACGAGGCGCGCACCUCGGUCGUGACGGGCGGCACGUCGCGGCUACGAAUGGGGAAAGGAUUCUUUGCCUCCCUCUUUUCUAUGUUGACCUAA